UAGAAUGUGUGCUUAAAACAAGAGUGAAACCAGAAAGAAAAAAAAUACAAAUUAAAAAAUGAAAAUGGGUUUGAAUGUAAAGAAUUGCGAUCCCUUCUGAGGAAAGAUUUUUUUCACGUUAUAAUUUUUCUGGCAGAGGCAAAACGGGGAUUAAAAAAGAUCGUGUGCCUGUUGUUUUUAUAUAUAUAUAUAUAUAUAUACACGGUACAAUAAUAUAUUGAAAGGAUGUUUUAGAGAGAAGGGCUUCGUGUGUGGAUGCCACAAGGCGACCGGCGGCGGAGCAGCGAGCAUGGAAUGAAGCUGAAGGGCAACAUUUGUAUCGGAUCGGAGGAGAGAAUUGAUACAAAAAGGUUCGAUUUUGGAACGUCGCGGGCGCCGGGAUUCUAAUUUCAGAACGUCGAGUUGCUACUCGCUUCGGGAGGAAAAGUCUCAACGUUCCAAACGAAGGUGGAAGAGAAAUUUACAAAGGAGGAAAUUUACACGCCGGCUGGGAGAAUCGUUGGGGAUUUUUUUUCUUUCUCGUUGCUUUAUUAUUAUUUUUUCCUUUUUAAUGCUGAAUGUUUUGAGUAAAAUAGCGCCGCUCGGUGAAGAUGGGGGACGCUUAUGACCCAGAGCACCCGACCGAGGCUCAUGCCUCUCCUCACCCUCUGUCAUCCACGAGGGAAGGUUGGACGGAACUGCAGAUGUCGCCUGGACCAUCGACGCAUCUCCAAAUUCAGUCCAUAGGAGAUGUGCUUGCUGUGGGAGAAGACGAGAAUGCAGUCAAGGUGGAGAAUCCAUCGGUACUGAGUGUUCUCAAAGGGCAAGUGACAAAAGGCUGUAGUCGCUUUCUACCCAAGGGCACCAAGGCGAAAGUCAACCUGGAGGACCAAGGACGACAGAAAGUGUCUUUCACCUUCAAUGUAACAAAGACCUUACGAAAUAGGUUCCAAAGUGCCAUUGGGACUGAACCAGAUGAAGUCAAGGUCCCACCGCUGACAUUGCCUCCGAUUUCGGUGAAAGGGAGUCAGGACAGUAAAAGUGACUCUGAUUCAGCUGAUGCUACAGAGACCACUACCUCACCGCCCAAAUCCAAGGUAGAGUGGAGUAAGGUGCAUUUCAAGAAGAAGCACCUCAACGAUGCAGCCAAACCUGCGAGUUUGCCGGACAGGGAACCAUGCAGUUCGUCAGUGGAGGAACCUGUGGAUGUAGCCAUCAAGAAAGAUUGUAUAGGAGGAACUGAAACUGUGACAAAGGUGGCUGCUGAACGGAAGCCAUCAAAUCAGAACCUCAGUGCAUCCCACAUUGGGAAGGGUGAUAACUUGGAAGAGUUUAAGAAUGUCUCCUCAUCUUCUGAAAAUGAUGAACUUAGGAAGCUUACUCAAGCAGAAGAAACAGUGCAAGCGCUAUCAGCUGGCUCAGAAUCUGAGGGGGAUUUACUAAGGAAGUCACAGGAAACGAGAAGCAUUGAAUCUGAUCGAGAUGCUAAGAAAAACCCAAUUGCUUCCAAAAUUGAUGAGGUUGAAAAGGUUUCCUCUCAUUCUAAGUCUGAGAGAGAUAAGAGGAGCAGUGGUCGUUCCAAGUCUGAUCGAGAUUUGAGGAGGACUUCAUCCCGCUCAAAGUAUGGAAGAGAGGAAAGAGUCAGUUCUUCUCGAUCCCGCUCCGACAGAGACUCAAGGGUACCCUCUUCUUACUCAAAAUCAGACCGUUCAAGGACCUCUUAUUACCGUGAUAAGGACAGAGGAUAUUGCAGAAGCUCCCCUUACUCAGAAAGGAGCAAAUCUUCUCGUUCUAAAUUGGGGUCCGAUUUAAGAGACCCUUCCUCUUGUUCAGAUUCUGAAGAAGAUUCUAGAAGGUAUCAUCCCAGAUCAAAUGACUUGAGAAGGGCUUCAUUGUGUUCUAAAUCCUAUAGAGACUCGAGGAAAUACCAGUCACGAUCAGAUAGAGAUCUGAGGGCAACUUCAUCCUGCUCUGAGUCGGAAAGAGAGACUAAAAGGACUAAAUCUUAUUCUAAAUCAGAUAAAAUAUCCAAAACGUCAGCUUCCUGUUAUGAGUCAGAAAGCUAUAAAAUUAAUUCUCCUGAACCAGAAUCAGAUUCCAGGAAAAUGUCCAAAUCAGACAGUCAUUCAAAGGUAUCUUCAUUUCAUUCAAAGUCAUCAACUUCUUGUCAUAAACCAGAGUUAGUUAAAACAAACUCGCCUGACCUGGAAUUGGACUGCAGGAAAAAUGUCAAAUCUGAUGGUCUUUCGAGGACAAGUUCAUCUCAUUCCAAACCUGUAACCUCUUGCCAUGAAGUAGCUGUAAAGAAAGACUCCCCUGAGCCAGAAGUGGACUCAAAAUGUUUUAAGCUGGACAGUAAUUUAAAGGCACUUCCAUCUCAUUCCAAAUUAUCCACUUGUGGAAUAGAAGCAAUUCAGGGAGACUGCUCAGAGCUAGAAUCAGAUUCCAGAAGCAGUCACAAUCCAGAAAUGAAUUCGAGGAUUUCACCAUUACGUUCUAAAUCAACUACUUGCUGUGAAAUGGAGGCAGUUAAGAUGGAGUCUUCUGAACCAGUGUUGGACUCGUGGACUCGUAGGUCAGAAAAGAAUUCAAUGGUAACCCCGUCUCAUUCUAAACCAAUUACUGUCUAUGAAAUGGAAGUAGUUAACACGGACUUUGCAGAGCCAGAAUUAGACCCAUGGACUAAGAGUAGGUUGGACAAUAACUUGAUUGUAACCCAAUCUCAUUCUCAAUCAACUACUUGCUAUGAAAUGGAAGUAGUUAAAAUGGAGGCUUCUGAACCAGAACCUAAAUUGGACUCUUGGGAAAACUGUAAGUUGGAUCGGAAGUCAAAGAUAACUGCAUCUAGUUCGAGGUCCUGUAAAGUGAGAACUUUGAGUCCUUAUACAUCUGACAAGGAAUUAAAAAGGAAUCCAUAUUCUGAGUCAGAAGAUGAAUUCAGAGAGCUUCCUGAACUGCACAAGUCAGGAACAAUGCAAACUGUUUCUAGAUCAGAUGAGAUUUGUUCUUCAUUUGAUUGCCAGUCGGACAAUUAUGUAAGCACCUCACCAUAUUCUACAGCAGAUUUGCCGAGGCCUUUCUGCCACUCCAGGUUCGCUGUGGAAAUAGCUGGGCCUUCGCCUGGUUCUAAAUUAGAUGGAUCUUUGUCAAAGGUUUCAUCUUGUUCGGAAUCAGAGGAAGAACAGGGAUCUUCAUCUCAUUGUGAAGCUGAUUUGACGGUUUCAUGUCAUUCUCUAUCAAAUGAAUUGCUGUCCUCACCCAAUUUCAUAACUAAGGAUUUGAAAACCUCUCCUCAUCCUAGCUCAGAUGAGGCGAAGUCCUUGGCCCACCCAAAACUGGAGGAAUGCAGCACUUGGCACUACACUGAGACAAAUCAAAUUUUAGCCUAUCCCAAACUGGAAGAGGCUGUGUCCCUGCCCCACUCGAAUUUGGAUGCAAGGGCCAUUUCAGUUGAAGUUCAAAGUUGCACAAGAGAGGCAAAGCAUAUAGGUGAAAAGUCAACAGAAAAUAGGGAUGUGGAUAGUCGAAGGGAGCAACACAUCAGUGAAGUAGAUGGUACUGAAUUGAAGCAUGAUAGACUGUUUCACAAUUGCAAAAGUAAACCGAAUGUAGUUCCUGGCAACCAGAAUUGGGACUCAUUUGAGAAUGUUAGAUUAUACACAGAUUUGGCCAGCCAUCUUUCUUCUGAAAUUCGGGAGACCCAAAAUCAGUCAACGGAUAAUGAAGAAACCCCUUUCUCUGCCAGACCAGAUAGUUCUGUUAAAGUGGAACAGGAGCAGUCAAUGGAAAUCUCUGAAGAUGAGGAAGAGACCGAUGAAGAGUUGGCUAUGGAGGUGGCCCCUGAGGGAUUACUGCCUUUGAGCACUGCCAAUCUGCUGAGCUCAAAUGAAGCGGAGCACAGUUUACAGAAUUACAAAACCAAGUCUGAUUGUGACAGUAGCUGUAUGAAGGCAGAAUACAACAGUGUGAUCUCUGAAAAUGAAGAAUGCUUAGAGGUUGUCAAGAGUAGCAGUGAGCAAGAGAGCGAGGAAAGUGAAACGAGCUCUGAUUCCGAUGACAGUGGAGUCCCCAGGAACCGUCUACAGUCUGUUGUAAUAGUUCCGAAGAAUUCUACAUUAACAUUGGAGAAGAGUCUGUCAUCCUCUCCUUCAUCUUCCUCACCUUCUUCCAGAAACAGUCGUCAGGAAAAGAAGCAAUCGAGUGUCGAAGGAGGCAAACGAGAAGCAGAAGAGAAACCCAGUCAGGAACACCAGCUAAACAGCAUCCAAUUUGGAAGUAGCCCCCAGGAGUUUAUCGGUGGCCGGGUCCAGGGUGAUGAUGAAGUUCAGGGCAGCCAGUUAUCCUCCCCCAAAGCAGCAGAGGAGCAGCCGCAGGCUUCUUCAAGUCAGUUUUCCCCUGUUAGUGAGACCUGCAAAAGCAGCAAGCAGCAGUUGUCGAGUGACAAAGCAGACAGUACCAGUCAGCCUGAUAGGUUUUCACCUGACCAAAACCGGCUCCCUCUAGCAGAUGAAAAGUCUGGCUCGAUAGAGUCAGCUCAACAGAGUGCAGACAGAUUGGUAGAAAGGCACCAGCAUCCACUUGGCAGCUACUCGGACAGUCCUGCAGCUGGAGAGAGCCUUGCUCAACCAUCUGGUGGGCUAGAGAUAAGCCAAGGAGAAAAGCCAGACAGUGGGCAGGCCAUCCCUUGGCUGCAGCAGCAGGCCCAAGAUCAAGGAUCUUUACAUAGCCCAGCGUAUGUUGAUAGUCUUGAUUGGGACUUCUGUCAGCCAGAGAAACCAAGCAGCAGUUGUCAGCAGCCUGACAGUAGCUACGGACUAAGAUAUGGCUACCGAACGGAGGAAGCAGAUUUAGGUGAAAGGAAUAGUUGCUGGCAAGCUAGUAGAGCCAAUUACUGGGACCCCCGGUUACACUCCAAAUCAGUGUUGUACAGCAGCUACCAGUUGAGUCAAGACAUAUCUGGCUCAGAUGUUCAAGGGCAGGUGCAGCCAGAUUCAAUGACUGAUGACUUUGCAAUCUAUAAUAGCUGGGAGGUUGUGACCCGUGACCCUCGAUCUGUUGCCAAAGGUGUGAGCUCUCUACAGGCUCACGAGAUAACCAGCAAUUCAAGUAAGGGGACCACUCUGGUUCUAAAGGCCAGCGACUCCACAGCAGAUAAGGAGCCGAGGGCCAAAGGAUCGGAGAAAAGGUUAGAAGAAGAGCAGGCCGAGUCCCAGAAGCCACAACAAGAGGAGGUAGACACUGAUUUGGAAAGUGACACUGACACGCGGGACUGUGAGCAAGUGAACACUGAGCCUGAUCCAGAUCCACAUCCCAUGAUGCCCUGCAAAGAAUGGGUCACGCUUGUGUGCAAGAUGGAGGAGUUCAAAAACACUCAGUGCUGGAAGGAUCAAUCAAAACUGGGAUUGAUGCCCCCUUACUUUGAGCUAAUUGAAGAGAACUUGUAUCUGACAGAGAGGAAGAAAAGUAAAUCUCACCGUGACAUCAAGCGCAUGCAGUGUGAAUGUUUGCUGUCCAGGGAGGACCGAGAGCGAGGAGAGCUGGCGUGUGGUGAAGAUUGCCUCAAUAGGUUACUCAUGAUAGAAUGCUCAUCGAGGUGCCUGCAUGGAGAGUACUGUACAAACCGGAGGUUCCAGAGGCGGCAGUAUGCCGAUGUAGAAGUCAUCCUCACUGAGAGGAAAGGUUGGGGUCUUCGAACAGAUAAAGAAUUAUCAGUGAAUAGCUUUGUGCUGGAGUACUGCGGGGAAGUGCUGGACCACAAGGAAUUCAAGGCAAGAGUUAAGGAAUAUGCACGCAACAAGAACAUCCAUUAUUACUUCAUGGCACUGAAGAACGAUGAGAUCAUUGAUGCUACUCUGAAAGGAAACUGUUCUCGCUUCAUGAACCACAGCUGUGAGCCCAAUUGCGAAACUCAGAAGUGGACGGUAAAUGGGCAGCUACGAGUCGGAUUUUUCACAACUAAGACGGUUCCAGCUGGGACAGAGUUGACCUUUGAUUACCAGUUUCAGAGAUAUGGCAAGGAGGCUCAGAAAUGUUUCUGUGGAUCAGCAAAUUGCCGUGGGUACCUGGGUGGUGAAAACCGUGUCAGCAUCCGGGCUGCCGGAGGGAAAGUUAAACUAAAGGACAAGGAUCGGUCCCGGAAGAAAGACUCUGUGGAUGAAGAACUGGAGGCCUUCCUGGAGAACGGUGAUGGACUCUGUGACUCGAACCACGUGCUCAGUUUAACUCGACUGAUGGUCCGGAUAGAGACUAUGGAGCAGAAACUAACCUGCCUUAAGAUUAUACAGAACACACACUCGCAGAGUUGCUUGAAGUCCUUUCUGGAGUAUCAUGGACUGUCCCUCCUGUGGAUCUGGAUGACUGAGCUUGGUGAUAGCCGGGGGAACUCCAGCAACAAUAUUAAGCUUCAAACUGAAAUCAUGAAGACCCUGGAGCUGUUACCAAUCUCCACGAAGAACAUGCUGGAAGAAAGCAAGCUGCUGCCCAUCAUUCAGCGUUGGGCCCAGACAAAGGCAUCAGCUCCCCAGGUCAGCGAGGCAGACGGUUAUUCGAGUGAAAAUACCUCCCGUGCGCAAACGCCACUGAACACGCAGGAUCCCGCACUGAAGCAGAGCGCUGAGGCAGAUAGCGACCCCCCCAAAAAGCUGGUGAUGAAGAGGCUGAAGAUCAUGAGUGAGAACAGCAUGGACAGCGGCCUCUCAGACACGAGUAAAGCCUCCGACGGAGAGAUCGAGGUCAAAGAGGUGAAGGACGAGAUUGUCACGACUGUUGAGCCGUCGCCGUGUCUCCCGCUGGACGAGGAGGAGCCGCCGGGCGAGGUGCCGGCUGACGACGGGGAGGCCCAAGAGACGGAUUCCGCCUUGAAAUCAGCCAAUGGGACGAAGCUGGAGGAGGCAGCCUUGGUGGAAACGCCGUCACAGGACGAAGAAGAGGGUGUUUCUGACGCAGAGAGCGAGCGGAGCCAGGAGCAGCCCGGUAAAAUCGAAGAUGUGAGUGAGCUGGCGAUGAAGCUGCUCGAUGUUUGGAAGGAUCUGAAGGAGGUGUACAGAAUUCCCAAGAAAGAUCGAAGCCAAACAGAGCGGGAAAGUAUUGUUGCCUUUGAUGCUUUGAUCCCAGUUGACAGUUCUUCUCAUGGAGGGAUCCUGAAGGUUUGCUCGUGUGCCUUUUUUUGUGUUCCAGAGCGUGGCAGGGAUGGGACGUCACAGAAGGAUAUUUCUCAGACUCCGAAGACUCCAGUGAACAUUGGAAAAGAGAAAGACGCUGACAAGACGCUCAGUAAGGAUCGGAAAAAACGCAAACCAGCAACCUCGCCACCACCUUCGGCCUACGAGAGAGAAGGACUGAAGAGAUCAGUUCCGGAUGAAAGGUAUGACGGUGCAACACCAGCUAAGAAGAAGAAAACCAGGAGUAAACUAUCCACCGAGGAACGGAGGAAGCUGUUUGAACAAGAAGUGGCACAGAGGGAGGCGCAAAAACAGAGUCUGUACCUGGUACAGCAGCAGCAGCAGCAACAACAGAUACAACCGAUUUGUGUUAGCUCGCAGGUGCCUUAUGACUCUGGAACCUACAGCAACUCUCACCAGAGCUUUGCCAGUUACCCACCAGGCUACCCUCUGCAGACUUAUGUUGACCCGGUCAACCCCAACGCUGGUAAAGUGCUCCUCCCGACACCGAACGUGGAGCCCCUGUGCCCGCCGCAGAUGGGCUACGAGCACCCGCAGUCGCUGUUGGCGGAAUCAAUGCCUGCGGGUCACUCCGCAGUCCAACACCUGUCCCCCCAGGUGGAUGUCCAGGGCCAGCAGUACCUAGCUCAGAGCCCCGUUGUUAUCCCCCAGGACCCUAACGUGUCUGUGAUACAGGUGUCGGGCACUCAAACGACUGGGCAGAGCUACGGGGUGUGGGAUCCCAACCAGCAGACACUGGCAGUGCACCAGCAGUAUGCCAGUGGACAACCCCAGACGCCGAUUUAUUACCAGGGACAGCCAUGCCAGCCCGUAUACAGUAUAUCCUCUCCUUAUGGACAAGCUACACAGCAAAUCGUCCAGAGUUACACUCAGUCAAGUCCUGAAUGCGCACAGGGGCAGCAGUGUUUCCUGGCUCACCCGCAGGGUGCUGUCGCACAGCCGACAGCAGGAAUGCUCGUGACAUCAUCGGCCCCGUCCUACCAGCAACCUGGGCAACCACAGACUGUACAGCAGCCAGAACUGAUUGUCGUCAACAGCCUUCUUGAUUUGCCACCCCCUUCACCUCCAAAGCCGAAGACUAUCAUCCUCCCCUCCAACUGGAAGACUGCCCGGGACCCGGAGGGAAAGAUUUAUUAUUAUCAUGUGAUAACCAGGCAAACCCAGUGGGACCCGCCAUUGUGGGAUGGAGGCAGUGACGACAUGAGCGUGGGUCACGAAGCUGAAAUGGAUCUGGGGACUCCCACGUACGAUGAAAAUCCAGCCAAGGACCCAGUACUUACUGAGCUACAUGGACAAGAUGGAAGUGGAGAUGGGACACCUAACUCUUACAGCCAGUCAGCCAAGAAAAAGCCUAAAACUGCAGAGGCCGACACCUCAACCGAGCUCGCCAAAAGGAGCAAAGAGAUGUUCAGGAAGGAGAUCUCCCAGUUCAUUGUUCUGUGCCUGAAUCCCUACCGGAAACCUGACUGUAAAUUAGGAAGAAUCAUAGCAACAGAAGACUUUAAGCAUCUGGCUCGGAAGUUGACACACGGUGUCAUGAACAAGGAGCUGAAACAAUGCAAGAAUCCCGAGGACCUCGAGUGCAAUGAAAACGUGAAGCAUAAAACCAAGGAAUACAUCAAGAAGUACAUGCAGAAAUUUGGCGCCAUUUACAAGCCUAAAGAAGAACCAGAUGUGGAUUGAAUAAUAAACCCCUCUCUGUUCCCCCUCCCCCAGCCCUGCCCCAUCCUUGAGCAAAAGCCCAUGUGAAUCUAUAACCAGCUUCUCAGUCUCCUCAUAGCUAUCUGUAUUAUACUGUUUUAACGCAUAUGUGAAUAUAUUGAGAAGGCAAAGAAACCACUUCUAGUUAACGACUAGUCCCUGUUCACUUUGACAAUUACAUUUUUUGAGGGAGGGAGGUUGCAGGGUCAGGGAGGGUUUCAUCGUUCUCCCUAUUUUACUGUGUAAAUAUUAUAGUAUUGGUUAGAUAUCAAUUCAGUCUGACUGUAUAUCACCGACAGUCAACAGAAAACUGUCGUACUUUAAAAGAAACAUUUUACUGUAUUAAAUUUUUACGGACUUUUUUAUGUAAAGAAAAUGUUUAAAAAAAAAACUUUUUUGCUUUCAAUUUAAUGUCAGCAAAAUGAGAAAUUGUGACGAGUGUGUUUUGGAAAAAAAGUUUUAAAACUUUUUUCUGUUUUUUUAAAAAAAAACUUGUGCAAAAUGAUCUGUGACUAGUACUGACUUAAAAGUUGCCGUUUUUUUUGUUGUUUGGAUAGCGGCGAUGGUGUUUAUUCACUGACUGAGCAAAGGAAGGUCUUUAGCUGGUUAAACAAAAUUAAUUUUAAUUAGGAUCAACCUUUCUGUCCCCAUCUCCCUCCCAGAAAAGACAAGGGAGUAACCAGGCCAAACAGGCCAGGAAGGUUCUCAGUUCAGACUCUCCCCCCGC